AUGAACAACGCUACCAUCAGCGUCUCAGAAUUUAUACUUCAGUGCGCCAUUGAAUCAAAGCAGAAGACCAUUACAAUUUGUGUUCUUGCAUUCAUCUACUGCUUAUCCAUGUUUGGAAAUCUACUGGUGAUCGUGAUCAUAAUCCUGAACCCUCAACUCCAUGUUCCAAUGUACAUCUGCAUCAGCACCUUGGCAGUGAUAGACCUAGCAAACGGCUCAAUUCUUAUCCCUAAGAUGCUCUCUGUCCUCUUACUCAGCUCCCCAGUGGUGCCUUAUGCUGCCUGUGUGUUGCAGAUAUUUCUUUUUCUUCAUGUUGAGGAAAUGGAAUCUUUUCUCUUAGCUUUCAUGGCCUUUGAUCGCUACGUUGCUGUCAUUUACCCUUUACAAUACCCUUCAGUCAUUACUAAUAAAACAAUUGCAAUUGCUGUAUUAGUGUUGAAUAUGUUUGCAAUAAUUUUCAACUUGCAAAUCCCCAUUUUUGUUUCUGAGCUUUCAUUUUGUCGUACUAACAUCCUGCCUUUCUGUUUCUGUGACUAUGCUACCAUGGUUCAUGUGUCUUGUUCUGAAGAUCCUAAGUACUUGAUACCCAUCACUUCUGGUCUAGUUGUCUAUGGUGUCUUUCCACAGGCUUUUACUCUUCUAUCCUACGGUCGGAUUGCUAUCAAAGCUCUGAGGAUUUCUUCAGCAGGAGGGAAAAGUAAGGUUUUCAGCACUUGUGCAACCCACCUACUUGUGGUCGGACUCUUUUAUGGUCCACUUUCAUUAUUUUAUUUAUUGCCAGGAGCAGGAGUGACGAUAACAAGAGAAACUUACAACGUUAUGUUUAUUCUUGGAAAUGCAGUGCCGUCGAUGAUGAACCCCAUUAUCUACAGUUUUAGGAAUAAAGAAAUAAAUAAAAGCAUUCGUAAACUCUUUACUAGGAAAAGGUUAACUCUGUAA